GAGCAGUGUAUGAUGUGCUCACUGACCGCCCAGCACAGGCUAUUCAUGUGAAAUCUGAUGGAGACAAUGUGAUAGACACAGUUGCUGCCUCAGCACCGUUAUACUCUAAAGCUCUAUUCACAGCUACCAUAUAUAUAUGGCCCACCUCUCCAGCAGGGUAUGGUCAUUCUGGAAAACAGUCAGCAGAAGAGGUAAACAUGACUGAGCCACAGAGUACCCCAGAACAGAUGGCAGCUGGCAAGAGCCAUGGUGGAAUUGGCGGCAGCUACAAGAUUACACUGUACGAACUGGAGAAUUUCCAGGGGAAGAGGUGCGAGUUUACUGGGGAGUGCCAGAAUCUGGGAGAGAAAGGACUGGAGAAAGUUGGAUCCAUCCAGGUGGAAUCUGGACCAUGGCUUAGCUUCGAGCGUCAAGCAUUUGGUGGGGAACAAUUUGUCCUAGAAAAGGGCGACUAUCCAAGAUGGGACACCUGGUCUAACAGCCACAGGAGCGACUAUCUGAUGUCCAUCCGUCCCUUGAACAUUGACAGCGCUGACCAUAAGAUCCACCUGUUUGAAAAUGCUGGUUACAAUGGAAGGAAGAUGGAGAUUGUGGAUGAUGAUGUGCCAAGUCUGUGGGCUCAUGGCUUCCAGGACCGAGUGGCCAGUAUAAAGGUCCUCAACGGAACCUGGGUAGGUUAUGAAUACCCCGGCUACAGAGGUCGCCAGUAUGUCUUUGAGAAGAAAGAAUACAGACACUGGAAUGAUUGGGAAGCCAACCAGCCCCAGAUCCAGUCUGUUCGCCGUAUUCGGGACAUGCAGUGGCACAAGCGUGGCUGCUUUGUUCCAACCCCAAUUGCAGCAGCCGCUGCAGCACCUGCCCCUGUCCCCGCUAGUAGCUGAAGGAGAACAAAGCACACACACCAGUCAUCACCCUCUUCUGCUGACAAGCACGGCAAGAAGAGACGCGUAAAAUGAUUUUAAAACUUGAUAACGUCUCUUUAAUAUGUCAGUCCGUAAUCUUAAAUAAAGAUUACUGCAUCACUAAAUAA